CCAGGAAACAAUUACACAACAGUUUCCUCAUGAAAGCAAAGAUAAAUCCGACUGAAGAGACGGCGUAGAGCUCCAUGACGCCUGGCUGCACAGCUUUCCUGCAGCUCUCGAUUUUACGAGACAUACAUCAUCUCAUAUUUCUUCGACAAAGCAGCGGAGGAAAAAAUAGACCACGAUUUGAUUUUGCGUUCCACGAAACACAAUAGACGGUGGCUGCGUGAGUCCACAGUCUAAGCCCCGGGGGCUUGUGGGAUCUUGAACGUGGGAUUCCCGCCAAACUUGACAAAGACCUGGCUUAGCUCGCACAAUAGCACACAUAACCGGGCUAUAUUUAAGACCAGCAGGCCAGGUGUCCACCACACACGCCCCUCACUAUGUUUCUGCAGGCAUCAUCAGUCUGGUGUUUUCGAGGCUUCUGAAAGCAGGUCACGCCUAAAUAUAAAAUCACUCUGUGCUGUUAGAGGACAGCGACCCAUCAGCGUGAGCUGCUAACACACCGCACAGAGUGAUGAACACUUAUGAAGAAUAUGGUGAAGAGGAGCUCAGUGACUACAUCAUCCAGCUCAGUAUUCAAGACGCCUGCCAAGAUGCCUUUCUGAAAUCUACAGUGAGUUUAGAAGCAGCGACGGAUGAAAAUUUGAGAGUCUUGGCAGCCAUCGAGCAAGGUGAGGUCUGGAUGCUCAGGGGGAUGCUGAGGCACACCUUCGCCUUCAGGGAGUCGGACAGUCGCGGCUGGCUUCCCCUCCAUCGAGCCGCGUCCCAGCCAGUCCUGGAGGUUCUGCAGACUGUCUUGAGAUUGGCAGAUCAGGGGCUCAGCCUGGAGGAGAGGACGGCGGUGGGCGGAGAGACGCCGCUGACGCUGGCGGUGAAAGCCGGACUGGUGCAGAAUGUGAAGAGCCUGCUGGAGCACGGAGCCUCGCCUCACAACACCAACAGCAAUAACGAGUCGCCGCUGCUGCUGGCGGUGAAGGCCGGCUCCUACGAGAUGACAUCCACGCUGGUCGCUCAUGACGCCUGGGUGGAGCAGAUCUGCCGUAAGAAAUGGACGGCGAUGCAUGAGGCGGCCAAGGUCGGCGACGUGGACAUCCUGAUGCUGCUCUUGAGGAACGGCAGCCGGGUAAACCACAGAGACGUGACGGGGGUGACGCCUCUCGCCGUGGCUGCAGAACACGGGCACUUCCACAUCACUGAGAUUCUGCUGAACUGUGGUAGCAGAGUGAACUCUCAGGCCUGUAACGGGGAAAGUGUCCUGCUGGACGCCGCCGGAUCAGGAAACACCGCCUGCAUUCAGCUGCUGCUGGACAACGGAGCCGACCCCAACCUGCCCAGCCUCACCGGACACCUGCCCAUCCACAAGGCAGCGUACGCCGGACACUACGACGCUCUGAAGAUGCUGAUACCUCUAUCCACCAAGAAGGCCAUCAAAGAGACGGGUCAGAGCCCGGUCCACUCUGCGGCGGAGGGAGGCCAGAGCCGCUGCCUGAAGCUCCUGUUGGCCUGCAGCUUCGACGUCAACUACCGCAUGAACACCAGAAACUCCGAAAACUACCGGGACAUGAGGAGGAGCGCCUUGUACUUCGCCGUCUCCAACGGGGACGUGGAAUGCACCAAAGUCCUGCUGGAGGCCGGGGCCAAGGCGGACUUGGACCCGCUUUGCUGCCUCCUGGUGGCGGUCAGGUCGGGGCGCUACGAGAUCGUGAAGCUGCUGCUGGCGGCCAAAGCGGACGUGAACUGUUACUUCACGGUGGUGAGCGAUACGGUGUUUCCCACAGCGUUGCAGUAUUGCCUGAAGGACGAGGUGAUGAUGAGGCUGCUGCUCAACAACGGCUACAAGGUGGAGAGGUGCUUCCACUGUCACCAUGACGACGCUUUUGAUGCUGCGAAUGAGGGGGAAGGGAAAAUCCCAUUCUGCGAGUUCAUGAGCCUCUGCUGCGUCAUGCAUCUGUCCGGGAGCGUGGUCCGGACUCUGCUGGACUACGUCAGAGAUGUCCACAUCUGCUCCAAACUCAGACUCCUCCUGGAGAAACAGAGAGAGUGGCCCGAAAUAUGUGACAUCCUCAACAGUCCUCGCACCCUCAUGCACCUCUGCAGACUGGAGAUCAGGAGGCGUCUGACCCUGAAGAGACUCAACAACCCGGAAAUCAUGAACUCGCAUCUUUUCCCUCCCGGACUGAAGAGCUUCAUACUGUACCAGGAGCUCGACCUCUACAGCCAGGGCCCUGAACGCAUCAUGUGAACAUAUGUUUUGAAAGGAUGGAACUAUUUUUUUAAUCUCUGGUUUUUGAUAAGCACAAAUGUAAACAAAUUUUAUUAUAAUUUUAUUUUUAAAGUACUUUUUUAUGAUUGUGUUUUUUCACAUUUUUGCCAUUUAAAUGUACUUUCCAUUCGCCUGACCAUUUUCCAAAUCAUUUCCCUCUUUUGACCUGUUAGAGGCCUAAAGGGUGUUUGUUAAUGAUCCAUCUGUCUGCAAGAUCUCUCUACUUCUCUCUACUUGACACAGACUUUAAUGACAUUUACAAUUUACUGUACAUAAUGUUGGACACACACAUUUUAUUGUUUCUGUUGUUAGAUGGUGAAAGGAGGGAAAGGCUGAAAAUAAUUUCCAACGUGUUUGUGCUUUGUUUGUGGGGAAACGGGCAGGAAGCAACAGGGCUGAUGGGAAAUGUAGUAUUAGAUGAGAAGAAAAACGAGCAUUAACAAUGACCACUAGUAUGAGAGAUAGAAAUGAUUCUGAUCUGACAUUUUAACACACUAAAAAAAGAAAGAGCAAAACACUUCUCACUAAAACUGUCCCUGCAGGUGACAUGCUGGGUGAUCUUCAUAUUCAGAGUUGGGUCACAUUACUCUGAAAUGCAGUCAGUUACUGAAUAUAAAUUACAUGGUGAUUUUUGUAAUUGGUAACGUAAUCCAUUGGAUUACAAAACAAUAUCAGGGCUGUCAAAGUUAACACGAUAAUAAUGUUUUAACGCAAAUUUGUUUUGACGCCACUAAUUUCUUUAACGCAUUAACGCACCUUGCAGUUUCGCC